UCCAAUAUCCACCAGCGAAAGGCUCGAAACCAUGGCGAGCCUCAUCAUCUCCAGCUCAGUCUCACUCACACGCUCUCAACCUUCCAUACCCACACGUGCUUUCUUCAAACCUCCGCACGUGUCAAAACCUCCUGCAAUUCGCUUUCUCGGCGACCCAUCUCGACGGAGAACCAGAGGUUUGACGGCGGUGACGCGUGCGGGUCCCAGCACGAGCUACUACAUCUUCGCUUUUGCGCUCCCAUUCUCUCUUUUGGCUAUCACUAUCUUCGCCUCCAUCAGAGUCGCUGAUAAGCUCGACAGAGACUAUUUUCAGGAGCUUGAAAUUAAUCAAGCAAUCAGAGAAGCUAAUGAGGAUGAAGACGACGAGGAGGAAGGGGAAGAGGAUAAGGAGGAUAUUAACAUUUCCUUCAAAAAGGAACCUGCCCUUCAACGCACUCGAAACCGGCCCAAAAGGGCAGCCUAGACUUUAUCUUUGUAGAUCCAUAAUGUAUAUUUUUGUUUUAAAGAUCAAUGACUUGUUGACAAACCAAUUGCUUGAAGUUUCCAGUGAUUGUUCUCAUUGUUUUAGUAACAAUUUUGAAAUGUAUAUCAGUUGGACUUCAUCUUCCAAAGA